AUGAAUAUAAUAACGAUAAUUAAAAAUAAAUGCAAAAAACAAGAGUUGACCAACGACGAAUUGAAUUUUUUCGUAAAAUGCACUGUGGAUGGAUGUAUAGAUCAAUACCAAAUCGGUAAACACAUUUUUAUUACCAAUCUAUAUAGUUUGAAUUGUACCGGCCUAUAGGUAUAUUAUUAUUUACUUAUACGUAUAUCGUAUACAUAUUUAAUUGACUAUUUAUAUUGUUUAUCAAAUAUAUCUCUUAAAUUUUUUGUUUUCUGAUUCGAAAUUUAAUAUUUUAGGAGCGAUGUUGAUGGCAUUGUAUUUAAACAACAUGACCAACGCUGAAGUGCUCGGCAUGACCGUCGCUAUGGCGAAUUCGGGUAAAAUGUUACAAUUUAGAUCGUCAGACACUGUUGUGGACAAACACAGCACCGGAGGCGUCGGCGAUAAGGUUUCCAUACCGCUGGUACCCGCGUUAAAAGCCGCACAAGAAGAUUUAAUUAUACCCAUGAUAUCAGGCAGAGGACUUGGGUUCACCGGCGGAACGUUGGAUAAACUCGAAAGUAUUCCUGGUAAUACCUAUGUAAUAAUAAUUAACGUUACUAACAAAAAAAAAAUGCAAUAGGACAAUUUUUUUACGCCUGCGACUGUAUAAUACGUACUUUAAACGCAAUUUUAGGUUCUAAAUGUAACAAAGAAGAUCUAUUAAAUUUUUAUUAAAAUGUGUGUAUUUGUGUGUGUGUGUGUGUGUGUGUGCGUGCGUUUGUGUGGUUUUCUCAAAAAAAAAAUAUUUUUCGGUUAGUAAAAGAAAUUAGAUUUUUUCAUGGCAUAUCCUAAAAAAUUGAGAUUUAUUGCUCGAUGGUAUACAUUUUCGAAAUUACCAAUAACUUUUUCAAAAAAUUGCUUUUUAUGUUUUUUUUCACGUUUGGUUAUAAUUAAAUACACUAUUUUAUUCACGUCAAAGUAUGUCGAAAGAUGCGAAAUUACUUCCCGCUGGUACUUUAUUUGAAAUAUUUGUCAACAUUUUCAGCAAUUUCGUCCUCCUAGGUCCUAUUUUUAGUUUUGAAUUUUAUUGGUCUUAUGGUACAUGUUCCUACGUACUCAGAAUUUACUAUUGUUGAUUAAAUAUACGCAAUACACAUGCAUACCACAACUUUUUGUUUUCUUAUACUACAACUACCCAUUUGAACUAUUCAUAUUUUUAUUUUUUUUCUUGAAUUUCAUAAUAUUGUCAAAUCACUUUUCUAAUUCUAAGUACGAAAUUCAUAUGAAGUAUGAAAAAGCACGAAGCUGUGACGCGGUAGUCAAUUUAUUAUUUAUUAAAUAUAUUCGAUGCUAUUUAGUAGGUGAUGAUUAUCUUAAUGACAGUAAGUUUAAAAUGUUCGAUAAAAUACGAUAAAUGUCUCUGGCGGAUCCAGGAGGGAACAGUAGGGUCAUUUUUCACCUCCCAAAAUACCAUAGUAUAGUAUGCUUUUUACUUGUAUUGUGAUAAAAUAUAUACUGAAAUUUACACCGUUGUAAAUAGUUUUGCUCCCCUCCUACCAAAAAAUUAAGGUCUGGGUCCGCCAAUAAUAAAUGGUAGAGAAUAAUGAUACCUAAGUUAUUUGCGUUCUUAUUAUAAUUUAUUUUAGUAAUUAUUGCAAACAUAUUGAAUAGGUAUACCUAUCGAAAUCAAUGGUUCGAUGAAGAAUGCCGGAAUUUGAUCACAGAACGUAACAUACGUAGAAUGAAUAUGCCACAGGUUCCUACAGAGGGAAACAUUAAAGAAUACAGUAAAUCAAGAUCACUUAAAAAUAAGACUCUAAUAUAAAAAAAAGAAAAUAGAAGAGAUUUAAACAUAUAAAAUAAACCCUAGACUAUUUAAGAACCCACGUCCCACGUAAUGAUAAUGAUAAUUUACCUACCUGGCCGCAGAGCUGGAGAUGAAUGAACCAGACCCAGAGAAAAUUAAAAAUAUUAUACAAUCGUUAAAGAAUAAUAAAGGCCCAGGUGAAGUUAAUAUAAUUUAAGAACUGAUAAAAAUUGGAGGUGAUUAAUUAAUAACACAAAUUCACCGAUUAGUACAAAGGAUAUGGGUAAAUGAACAAAUGUACUAAAAGAUUGGAAACUGGAAAUUGUAUGCCCAAUCUUCAAAAAUGGUGAUCCAACCAGAAUUGAGAAUUAUCGAGGAAUUUCUCUCUUAGAUGUUAUGUACAAAGUACUAUCUAUAUCAAUUCUGAAUAGACUUAGGAAAUAUGGAGUGGACAUCGUCGGAGAGUAUCAGUAUAAACCUAUAUUAAGUAGCUAAUAACAAGUAACCAACCAGCUUUUAUUGGGUAUAAAAACUAAUUAAAAUAAGAGAAUUUAUACUACUGAUGGGUGUGCCACUGUUAUAGAUGGGAAUUCUGGAAAGUAGGAUACAUAAAGUUAUUUAAAUUAAAUUUCUAAGCAACGAUAAACCUUUACUAAUGAAUUAUGAUACUGAGUGAAAUUCAGUUAGAGUACAUGUUUUAAAAUGCGGUAAUUUUAAAGAUUUUUGUAAAAAUCAACAAAAAACAAUUCUGAAUGGAGUUCGGCUAUACAUGUUUUGAAAAGCUGUAAUAUUUACAAUUUGAAAAUAAUACAACAUAAUUACAAUAAUACAAUAAUAAUGCGUACAUUCUCCCGUUUUUUCUACGUUUUUCCAAUAUAUUAUGAAAACUCCUGGAAAAAUCAAAAAAUGACCUUCCUAAACUACCAUUGUAGGGUCUAGAUUUCCCUUCAUAAAAAGUGUUAAACUUGAAAAUCGAAGCAAAAUUUCUGGUACAAAAGUUGUAUAAAGAUAAAAAAAAAAUAAACAUAAUUUUUACAAUAAUUUAUAAUGACUAAUACAUUUGUUGCUCCGCUCAGAAUCUAAAAUAUACCUAACAGUACUACAUCUUUUUUUUGACCAUUAAGUACAACUCAUAAUAAACCUCGUGUUAAAUUAUCACACAAUUUUAUACAUAUUAAUGUAUUAUUAUUAUUCUGUGCAGGAUUCUCUGCGAACUGUCUUGAUUACGAACAACUAUUGAGCAUCGGAAACAGUUUCGGGUGUUUUAUCAUCGGAUCGAGCGACUUGUCGCCAGCAGAUUCUAUUCUUUAUAAAGCCCGAGAUGUCACCUCCACAAUAGACAAUAAUGGAUUAAUUAUAAGUAAGUAUUCUUUAUCAUAUAAAUGAAAUAUCAUUAUUUGAAUUUAUAAGUAGCUUACUUUAUAUUAUUUUGUAAUAUAUUGUUUGAGUUUUGUUUCUGUUUUAAAGCGUCUAUAAUAUCUAAAAAACUAGCCGCGGGCAUUAAGUAUUUAGUACUAGAUUUAAAAGUAGGAUCAGCGAGUUUUUUCCAUUCCAUCGAAGAAGCAAAAGUAUUUGGAAAACAAUUCGUAAGUAAUCUAAACUAACCUAAUAUAUUUUCUUAAUCAUUUCAAAUGUACUUAAUCAUUUCUUGCCUCCUUCCUGAAACGUAUUUUAUCUCGGAAAACUAUUUUUCGGUUAUUUAGUAAAAAUGUUCCGAUUAUUUUUAUGGCGUAACAUAAAUUAUGCGGAUUUUUUAUUCGAUGGUAUGUCAUUUGAAAUAUUUUUCUAAAUUUUUAACAUUUUUUUCUAAAAAUUAAAAAAAACUAACAGUAAAUGAUAAUACACCUGCAGUUUUAUAUUUAUUUCAUUUAUUUGUUUUUAAUUUCUAUGUUCAAACCACGACUAAUAUAACCUCUUUAUCAGCUUAUCGAGUUGCGCUCAAUCUGUUUUUAAUUGCAAUUAUUUGUUGUUACUUUCAAUACACAAACUAAAUUACACCUUAUAUCCUUUAGGUACCUUUUUAACUUCCCACCAAAAAUAGUAACCUAACCAUGGUGCGAAGUAUAGCCAGGUUUUUCUCUAAUUUAUAGUGUAAAGGCAGAAAAUUAUUAUGAUAUCUUGUGCCCAUAAAUUUGUAAUAUAGGUAACUAUUACAAGUCUAUGCUCUUGAUAUAUCAUAUUUAAAUUACAUUAAUAUACUUAACAGAGCGUUAUACCCGAAUGUGUUAUUCCAGUCUUGUAACUGCUCGACAUACCAAAUUUUCGUUUAGCAGGGACAAAUCUGUGUUAUUAUUUGUAAUAUAAGAGUGAAUUGACCUAUUAUCAAACUUAUAUUUAAGAACAUUCUUGUGUCAUAUCGUCAUUGUUUUUCUCGAUUUUUAAUUUUUAAGCGAGAUAUAAGUAUUUUUAUAUUGUGAUAUUUCACAUUCAUAUUUCGCUUAAAAAUUAAAAUCACGAAAAAAACGACACAGUUCAUGUUCUUAACUUUAUGUUUGAUAAUACUUAAUUCAUUCUUACAUUAAAAAUAACAGUGUUGUCUCUGCUGAACGAAAAUUUGCUAUGUCGCACGGUUGUAAGACGGAGACAGCACAUGCAGGAACAACGUUAUUUUAAUUAUUACUUAACAUUAUAAAAUACUUAUGUUAUUCACAGGUAAUUGUGGCCAAGUUAUUGGGUAUUGAAUCUAGAGUACUAAUGACUAGAAUGUCGUCUCCGAUUGGUAAUUAUGUCGGUAAUUCAUUGGAAAUAUUAGAAUCGAUAAAUUGUUUAAAAGGAAAAGGGCCGAGUGAUUUGCACACUCUCGUCGAAACUAUCGGUAUUUAUAAUUUAUUUAAUUAUCCACAUUAUAAUAUAUUAUAUUAUAUAACAUCGAUCUACUGGCCGCUGUACUCUGCAUAUCGUCUAAUCAAACUAUAUAGGUGGACAUUUACUCGAAAUGACACAUAAAGUAAAAUCCGUGAAAGAAGGCCGUAACCGUAUAGUAAAGUCUUUGAAUGACGGAACUGCUUUAGAGAAAUUCAAGCAAAUGUUAAUCAAACAAAAAGUCGACGAAAAUAUAGCCGACGAACUGUGUUACGGUAACACGGCUGCAGUCUUGCCAAUGGCCAAAUACGUAAUCGAAAUCAAGUCUCCGACUUCAGGUAACACAAAAUACAAAACUCGAGGUUUCGAUUUUUUUUUUAUACAUAGCCAGUUACACGAAUGACUGUUAAAUUAUUACAGAAAGUAAGAUAUACGUACAUUUAGAAAGAGAUUCAUAAUUCCAAGAAUUUCUAGUGAACUAUGAUAUUUAACUGUAAAUAUAGUAAAUAGAUUCGUGGUUUUGGAAUAAAAGUCGUAUGCUUGAAUAUCCAUUAAAUAUAUAUAUAUAUUUUUUAUUUGAAAAAGAGAAAUUAGAUAUUAUUUAUACAUAAUGCGUGCAAUUAAAAACAAAAAAAAAAAAAAAAUACAGAAAUCAAUUUACGUUAUGGCGUUUGUAACUGGCUCACAUUUUUAUGAACUUUCUCGAAUAUGUAAAACGCGUAUCUAUAUAGUAUACAUAUUACCAUACACACUAUAUGUACAUGAAGACUACAUUUUUUUCAUAAUAACCUUUCUUUUCAGGUUACGUAAAAAGUAUAAAUGGUAUAAUGAUUGCCGAAGUUUGCCAGAAAUUGGGUGCUGGAAGACAAUUUUUUCAUCAAGAUAUCGAUCCAGCGGUCGGUGUUCACUUGUUCGUGAAAAUAGGAGAUUACAUUAAAAGGGACAACGUUUAUAUGGUUUUGUAUCAUAACGAGAUCGACUUAAAUAAAUUAUUUUUAACUUUAUUACAAAAUUCUAUAGAACUAACAAAUGAAAUUGUAAAACCAGAAAAUAUUAUAAUCGGAGUUAUUGAUUGUAAUAAUUCAUAA